UCGAGACAUCAUCAUGCAGCCAACACAGGUGCUCGCGUGCCUCCUGGUCCUCGUGGGUUCAAGUGUGAGCUACACCUCAGCGCAAGGAGCGAAUGGCGCAUGCAGACUCGCGAACGGCGGCGGCGGCGAGUGUCGAGACCUGAGGUUAUGCCCAGCUGUGUUGCGGAACACACACCGAGAGCGGCCGGUGAUCUGCAGUUUGCAGGGUCGCGUGACGAUCGUCUGCUGCCCGACAGGUGGAGGACCAGGCCCUGCGCAGGACAUAUCUCCACCAGCAGUUAACUUCGAUUGCGGGAUCCAGACAAAGGGGACGGUGCUUCGGUCUCGGCGCCAGCUACGUCCCAGCGAACGGCUUUCCGAAGCAGAAUUUAACUUUGCUGCGUUUGUUCUUGGCGGGAAAGAGGCAGAAGUUGGUGCUUGGCCUUGGAUGGCUCUUCUGGGCGACAGGGACGCGGCGGGAGUGAUUGAUUGGUUCUGCGCAGGAAUACUCAUCAACGAACAAUGGCUCCUGACGGCCGCCCACUGCCUCGCACGGCGAGCUAAUGUAAUACGCCUUGGAGAACACGACUAUUCCACCCCGAACGACGGCGCCAACCCCGAGGAUUUCGGUUUUGCUGCAACCAUCCCCUACCCACAGUACAGCGAACCUGAACUUCAUCAUGACAUCGGUCUUAUCAGACUUAACAGGAGAGUGACGAUACAGCCUUACAUCCGGCCUGUGUGUCUUCCAUGGGGCGCAGGGAGCAACGUGGACCUUAUUGGCAAAACAGUAACCGUGACUGGAUGGGGACUCACGCAACCAGGUGGAAGACAUAGCCCCGUGUUGCAAGAGGUAGGCGUGACAGUGUUCCCGAGCGCAAAGUGUGACCAGGACUAUAAGAAACAUACUUUCUACGAUCGCCUGUGGCCGCAGGGGAUAGGAGCAGGAUUCAUUUGCGCAGGGGACGGAGGCAAGGAUGCAUGCAAUGGUGACUCCGGCGGCCCCGCGGUGUACUCCGACGGCCGAGGGCGGUUCACGCUGGCAGGGAUCAUCUCGUCGGGCGAAGGCUGCGGCAGAGAGGAAUAUCCGGGACUGUACACCAACGUGAGGCAGUCGCAGUACCUCGCGUGGAUUAAGCAAGUGGCAUUCUGAUCUGGCACGGGUCCAUGGCUUUUGAAGUGAAGAGGACUUGCACGACGAUAUGUGUUUUGUUUUUUGAUUUGUUUGAAUGUAAGUUUUAGAAUAAAAUGAUUAAAACUAUG